AUGAUUGGAGCUUUGCUUAGGAAGUUCUGGCCGGGCAAGUACUAUCCCCUCGGCACUGUCCCAGCUGGCGAGAUGAAGCUAGCCACUACUUGGACGGACUACGAGAGUGCCCCUGGCGUAGGCUUCCCGACGGCUGCUGAGGCCGUGAUGAGAAAGUUUUGGUGUUUUUAUCGUGUGGCGCCCGAGGUUGAGGAGGCGGCCGCGAACAGGACUUUGCGGGCGACUUGUGAGAGGUUGACACCGCAGGUGUGGUACAACCAAAGGAUCACGUCCGCGGGUCACUUCUGGGCAGAGAGAGGCGAGAGGGUCCAUAAGCCGGACAUUGUCGGUAAGAAUGCUAAGGCCGAGUACGAGAUGACGGUGGAGGACUACAUGUCGGUUAUCCCCGAUUGGGCCGAGCCGCAUGCCGAGGCAUGGGAGGAGAUGGUUAGGACGAGGUGGCUCAAGAUGGACGAGGACUUUGCAGCCGUGGCGAGGCGGAACGCGGAGAACCGAGGCGACGGUGGCACACACCGUGGGGGAAACCUCGGCUACGAGCGCUACAAGGGGAAGACGCCCGACUUCGAGGCGGCCUACGUGGUCGCUCAUCAAGAAUAUCAGGUGGCCUUCAACCAAGCACCAGCAGCACUUCAUGGAGUACAUGGCAUAUAUACAUGCGUCGAUGGUGGCCAAUCAAACUGGACAGACAGCGGAUUUAGGGCCGAUGCCUCCCUUUCCGGGGCCGGCGCCAAACAUGCCAUCGAAGGAAAAUUUCGCUGCGGAGUACUAUGGGAGAACAACGGGAACGGGAUGUUCCGGAAACCAGGGUGGUGGGAGGGAGAUCACACCGGUUCAUCAUGGUGGUCCUUCUCCCGGUGCUACACCCGGUACUUCUCCCGGUACUUCUCCCGGUCCUUCUCCCGGUGGUUCUUCCGCAGCUUCUACCGGAAGGAAUCGGCCCGGGCCGGUGUCUAGCGGCGACGAGCUCCUCUAGUUGUCGCAUUGUAUCUCUUAUCGACACUAUGGCACCAUGUAUGCACACUAGGGCACCACCAUGUAUGCACAUUAUGGCACUAUGUAUCCACUAUGACACUAUGUAUGCACUUCAUGUUAUGUGUAUUUGCACUUCAUGCGAAG